AUGUACGCCGAGGGCUUGACGGUUAACGAGGCGGAAUCCCAUGGGAUGUUGCAAUGUCUAGAUCUGUUGGAGGAUCUGGAUCCACGGCGUCUGGUGAUCUGCGGAGACUCAAACCUGGUGAUCCGACAAGUACGGGGAGAGAUCGAUUGUAAGGCGCCGGGUCUGACACUGUUACGGCAGCGAGCCUUGGAGCGACUACGUACGUGGCCAGACCAUGAACUAUUACAUGUCAAACGAGACUGGAACGGGAGUGCAGACAGCCUAGUGCUGCUCUGCAACGGCAAUAUAGAGUCUGACACGGAGAUCCAGGAUCUCAUAACUUUGAAUCGGUUGGAUGAGAUCCUGAUAGUGAAAGUCGAAGAAGAGAUCGCACAGAUAUCAGCUGUGACGACCCAAUCUAAGGCUAGAUCGGGAGUGCGUAUUGGUGCUGAUCCAGAAUCCUUACGAGAGGAAGUCGUGAGAGAGCUGCGGAUCGAGCGGAUCCGACAAGCACAGGACGAGGAGUCGUGGAUCAUAGGCUUGAAGAAAUAUUUGGUCGGGGAGAUCCGGAAUCUGACACAAGAAGAGGCUAAGAUGUUUGGAUCUAUUGCUAUGAAUUAUGAGGUGGAUGAGUGGGAUCUACUCUUCUAUUGUCCGACAACUAAGGAAGCUGCUGCGGAGAUAAGU